AUGGGAAUUAAUCCAAUUGCUCGUAAAACGUUAUCUUUAAGGAUUUCAAGACAACACUUCAACUUUAUCAUCAUUAUAGUUUGCAGUUUAGUAUUCUAUGCUGUUUUGAGACGUACCAAUAACUGUUCUACAAGUGCUCUAUGGAAAGCAUGCAAAGCAUUACAUUUACCAGAUUACUUGAAAAAACUAUCUAAUUCAUCGGUUUUGGAAAAUUUCACUGAUGUAAACAGUAUACCGGGUACAACUGGACCAGGUGUUCCCACUGUCAUACGGUUGGCUCUCUCGACAAAGUAUGGCGGCGUGAAUACUAGUGCUACGUCAUCCUAUGGUGCUGCAGAGGCCGUCAGCCGUUUGGAGAAAGAAUGUGAAUGGGAUCCAGGUUCAUCAAACUUCGUUCAUCCUGAAUGCAUCAGGCAAUUUAAUUUUACUCGUAAAUCACCUCCUUUUUACAUAUCCGAUUAUUAUCGUGAAAUUGACAUUGUCAUACCAACAAUUCGUAAUCUCGAUUUUCUUGAACAUUGGAAGCCGUUCUUCAAACACUUUCAUUUAAUUAUCAUUCAAGAUGGUGAUCCAAAUAAAGUAUUAGAAAUACCAAAAUGGGUUGAUUUUGAACUUUACAAUAGACGGGAUAUCGAUAAUAUAUUAGGUAAACAUCAAUCAUGGAUCAUUAGUUCACACGAUGCAUCAAUUCGAAAUUUUGGUUUUCUUGUUUCAAAUAAGACCUUUGUCUAUACAAUCGAUGAUGAUUGUCUCCCGGCACGAACUCCUACUGGCGCUAGAAUCGAUGCCUUGUUAAGGCACAUUCAAAAUCUUAUUACCAAUUCGACUCCCUAUUUCUUCAACACUUUGUAUGAUCCAUACCGAGAAGGUUCAGAUUUUGUUCGUGGUUAUCCAUUCAGUUUAAGACAAGGUGUGCCUACUGCUAUCUCACAUGGUAUUUGGCUCAAUGCUCCAGAUUAUGAUGCACCUACUCAACUAUUCAAAAUCGAUGAACGUAACACACAUUUUGCUGAUAUGACUAUUACAGUACCUGCUGGUGUUCUCUACCCGAUGUGCUCCAUGAAUGUAGCAUUCAAUCGUAAAUUAAUUGGUGUAGCCUUCAUGCAAGGUCUUAUGGGUUCUAAUAUGCCUUGGGGACGAUAUGAUGAUAUGUUUGCAGGAUGGGCUAGUAAAGUUGUGGCAGAUCAUCUCAGUCUUGGUGUUAAAACGGGAGCACCAUAUGUUGAACAUCACAAAGCAUCGAAUCCAUUUGUAAAUCUAAAAAAAGAAUAUAUGGGAUUUUUCUGGCAAGAAGAUAUCAUUGCAUUCUUUCAACAAAUUCGCUUUCCAUCAUCUAUCAAAACACCAGAAGGUUGUUAUUUAGAAUUAGCUAAAAUGAUUCGUUCGCAACUCAGUCAUUUGCAUCAAUAUUUCGAUCGGUUAGCACAAGCGAUGGAAAUCUGGGUUCACCUGUGGCAUCAAGCACAAAAAGGUUCACUCCGAUUUCAACCGAGUCGUCAAGGGCGACCUAACAUAUCAACAAAUAUAUAUGCAGUCUUUACUAUUUGUCGUAAUGAAAAAGGAUUCUUACCUAUUUGGUUGAGAUAUUAUCGGCGUUACUUUGCCGAUGAAGAUAUCUACAUAUUGGACAAUGAUAGUGAUGAUGGAUCGACAUCAAAUCUUACUGUCAAUGUUCAUCGAGUUUCCUCUGAAAAAUAUUUCGAUCAUCUUUGGCUUAUAGAAACUGUUCAAGAUAUGGCACGUAGUUUACUUAGAAGAGGCUACAAAUAUAUUUUAUUUUGUGAAGUAGAUGAAAUGAUCGUACCUGAUCCAAUCAAAUAUCCUUUAGGUCUUCUCGAUUACAUUAAACAAGCAAAGGCCGAAGUUACUCGUGUCACUGGCUAUGGAUUAUUUCAUAAAGCUACAUCAGAACCGAAACUUAAUCUCAGUCAACCCAUUAUGCCACAGCGAAAUUUUUGGUCAAAAGAUAAUAUGUACGAUAAACCUUUGUUGAUAAGCAAAGAAAUUCAUUGGACUGUAGGUUUUCAUACCUGUAAAGAAAAUGCUACACGAGAUGAGGACUUAGUCCUAAUUCACCUUCAGCGAAUGGAUCAUGAUUUUUAUAUGGAACGCGCUACUUGGAAAAGCAAACAAAAGUUUAAGGUGGAAGAUCUUCAAAAAGGCUGGGGCGCGCAACAUGUAUUUCGUGGGCACCAAGCAGAGGAAUAUUUUAGGAACCCAUCGGGAACAGUUUCUAAAAUUCCAAGACAAUUUCGCACAUUAACUCUUUUCUGA